AUGGGAGGUGUAAACAAGGUGGACAUGUUAUGUGCAUUACAUCCUAUUCCAUUUAGAAGAUCAGUAGCUUUACAACGACUAGCAUUAGUACCUAUACAAAAGCGUCAACAUUCAGGCUCAGAUACUGACGAAAAUAAUCGAUCUAAAUCAAAUAGAAAAAAACUAGAAUCAACUAGAACUAUACCGCGUAUAUCACGAUAUGAUGGUUCGACGGCAAUCUUUACCUCAUUGAUAGUCGGUUCGGCGUCGGGCAUGGCAAUCUCUGGCGGUUCAAUGCGUGAUGGGUCCGCGGUUGAUCCAGCUGGCUGGUCGUGGUUGUAG